UCAGAAAUUGUAUAAAUGGCUGAAAAAAACUAUUGGGACGAUAAUGAUGUUAAGGCAAGUAAUGACAGUUCCAUUAGUCAACCGAUUGAUUCUGAAUGGAUUAUAAUGAUUUAUCGCCGGAGCAAAUGGCCGCUUAUGAAAGUGAAUAUGAAUUGGCAAUUGAAAAGCAAACACUUUUGUUUGGUCAACAGUUACAACAAUGCGAGGUUAUUGUGGAUGCUGUCUAUCAAGUGGCCGAUUAUGUACCAGAAUUUAAAACUAAAGAACAAAGCGAUUUCUGGAAGAACAUAGUAAUACCUAACCUUACUGAUAUAUUAAAAGAUGAAUUGUUUGCACGAUCAACAAUUCAAACAAGUUUUUUGGCAAUUAAUAAAUUGAUUGGUAACAUACAAAAUGGAUAUGCUAUUGUUAAGGCUAGUAAAGGUAGCAAACCAGCUAUAAAUAUAGCUAAAAAAUAUAUUAUGGAAGCGUUAAAACAAUUGGAAGAGUGUAUAGAUAAUGUAAAAAAUUUAAAAUCAAAUGCUAUAAUUGCUUUUGGCAAACAAACAACAGAAAUAUUUAAUAUUAUUGGACCCGAAGCAGCAAAAUUCAUGAAACAAAAAGCUACUAAAAUAAAAGCAAUUAAGAAACUUUUUGAAGAAAAAAAUAAUCUAUAUAUUUAA